AUGAAGACUUUGAAUCCAAGCCCAGGAAACUGUAGGAAAAAUGGAGUAAUCGGGCUGGGCCUUUUGCCCGAUCAAGGCCCGGCUACUAUCAACAUCAAGCUCUCUCACGGGCUUAACCACUACCAAGUAUUCGUGCCAUUCAGCUCUAGCUUUGGUUAUCUCAAGUCUUUUAUAUGUCAACAAAUUGGUUUGAGGCCCGAGAAGCACAAACUCUUGUUCAGAGGUAGUGAGAAAGAAGACGAUGAGGAUCUACAGACCGCAGGUCUAACGGACUAUUGUGAGGUGUUGCUCAUGGAGGCUGAGGCAUUUGAGCAAGCAAGCCAUGAAGAAGUUGAGUCGAAAGGGAAAGAAGCUGUUUCUGAAGUUAGGAAAGAGGUUGACAAGCUCGCACAACAGGUGUCAUCUUUGCAAGCUCUUGUGGACCGCAGACUUAAGGUUGAAGAUAAGGAAAUCGUUUAUUUGACCGAAAUGCUAAUGAGGCAAUUGCUUAAAUUGGACGGCAUUGAAGCCGAAAGAGAAGGGAGAGUCGAGAGAAAGAUGGAGGUUCGUCGAGUCCAGAACCUCGUGGAGAUACUGGAUGCCUUGAAGUUGAGAAAUUUCAAACUUACUUAG